AGUUUCAUAGUUUUAAAUAUUUAUACCAUCAUAAAAGCAUAUAUUUAAAAUGACAAAUGAAGAGGAGAAAGAUGCAUUGUUUAAAAAUGUUCGGUUUUAUAUCAUUGGAAAAUUGGAUGAAAAGUUUGAGAAAUUACUCAUUGAUGGAAAAGCAAAGCAAGAAAGUUAUUUGUCUGGUCUUGCAACCCAUGCUAUUGUUUCUGACUUCAGUAAUCUGGAAGUGGAGGAAGCAAGGGAUGUUUGGCAGAUUCCUGCUGUUACUGCCAAAUGGAUUGAAUUAAGCUUCAAAUGUCAAAAAUUGUUGCCAAUGGAACCGUUUACUCCUUCAAACUCACAACUCUUUUCUGGAUUAGUUAUAUGCCCUUCCCAAUUGAAUAAAAAGGAUAUAAAUCUGCUGUGGGCACUCGUUACAUUUUAUGGAGGUUCUUGUCAACUGAUGUUGAAUAAAACAUGCACACAUUUGGUUGUUUCACAGCCCAAAGGGGCUAAAUAUGAAGAAGCUUUGAAGCACCCAGAGGUGGUCACACCUGUAACUUUGGAUUGGAUUUUAGACUCAGUGAAAGACAAAAAACUUUCAGAUGUGAAAGAAUAUCAUCCGUCUCUUGUUAUUCUACCUCAAGAAAAACCAGAAAUUACAGUCACAGAAACUUCCAUCCCAGAAACACAAGACUCUGAAACAAAUGUCAUUUCAUCAAGUUUGCAAAAUCUUGCAGUUUCGAAAGCAUCAGAACAAGUGAAAACAGACGUUCCUCAAACAACAUCUAUUUCAAGUAUAAACAAUGAAAUUACUUCGGCAAUAAUACAUCCUAGCCAAGUUGUCCCACCAACAUUCUCACAGUCCCAACCUCAGCUGUCUCAACCAGGGAUGCAGACUGGACCAAGUGGUGGUCACUUAAUCAGCUCUGCACCACACAUGGUCUCUAUACCUCCGGAUAAAUUUUAUCCAACUGGACAAACUAUUAUAUCACAGCCUGCUGGUCAGCAGCUAAUAAUGACCGGGCAGAACAUGGGUCAACCACAAUUAAUGACAAUGCAACAACCAUUUCAAAUGCAAAGACAAAUUUCACCAGGAGGAACUGCAAGGUUUUCGGUUCCGAACAUGCAGCAGAGAUUUACAAGUCCAAAUCAAAUUAGUAACGGACCGAGACAGCCUUCUCCGAGCCCGAAAAAAGCACCAAAAAGACGAAGAAGCUCGACUAAAUCUAAAGCUAACGCAAGUGCAGCUGCAACUUCUGUUCCUCCAUCUCCAAGUCAUGUGACUCCAAUGUCUAUGAUGUCACAACAAUUAUUACAACAGCAAAAUCAAAUGCAAUUGCUUCAUCAACAUAGAAUAAUGCAGGGACAAAAUGCUGGUGCUGUUAAGCCCAAUUUUUUACAGCAACAACAACAAAUAUAUCAACAACAACAUUUUGCCAACAUGCAACAACAAGGUAAACCACCCGGUACUCCCGCUUCACCACAAAAACAAGGGCAACAAAAUAUAAUGGGAGAUCAAAGUGGAAUGCGACCUGGAUUUCCCGGUAACUUCGCCGGAAACGUAAUGCGCAUGCAACAAACUCGACCGAUGCAGGUUCAAACCCCGCUAUCUCCACAACAAAUGAUGGCGAUGGGGUUUAACCCCCAACACAUGCAAAUACAGCAACAGGGAAUUAAAAUGUCGAUGGCGGGUCCCCAAAUGCCCCAGCAACAACAACAUCAGUUCGUACAAUCGCAAGGCGUCGUCAUUCCAAUGUCUAUACAAAUGCAAAACCAGCAAUCACAGCCGAUGAACGCAGGUAAGCUCCAACCCCAGAGAAUGCAGAUUUCACCCCAACCCCAGGGAAUGUUCAUUCACCAGCAACUUCCAAAUAAAGAUGGGGUUUCGCCUCGUCCGCCGUUGCAACAACAUUCCCCCGUCAAACAGCUUCCUGGCGGAGUUCAGCAGCAACCUUUGACCCCACAACAACAACGACAACAACAACAAAUGAUGAUGCAACAAAUGGUUCACCAACAACAAUUACAAAUGCAACAGCAACAACAAAUUUUACAACAAUCGCCGGGGAAUUUACAGCAACCACAGCAAAAACACGCAACUCCUCCUGCCUCUCAUGCGCCAAUCAAUGUUGGCAUUGGAGUUAUUUCACCAACUGCAUUACAGCAAGGUUUAAUGAUGGCACAAGCUCAACAAAAUCAAGGUUUCCAACCUCCUCUCAUUCACCCUAGUCUACAAACACCCCAAGAUUAUGGAAAAGUGACUCAACAAAGUGGCAGUGCAAAAUCAAGACGCUCUAAAUCUCGCAAACCUAAAGAUGGUGAUGAAAAUAAUGAUGCAAAACCUAAACCAAAACCGAGGAGUCGACCUAAGAAACCAUCUCAAAGUCCUGCAUCUUCCAAUACUUCAUCACCAGGAUCAAAAAAACAGAAUUCACAAACUAUCAUUGGUGGACGGAACGAGUUUUCUGCAAUGAUUAGAGGACCUACACCUAUGGGUUACUACCAGACUCCACUGAAUGUUAUGACUCCACCCCCUCACCCCACUGUCCCUGUUUCUUUCUCCACCAAUAAACAAUUCUCAAUCCCAACGGCUACUGUGAGCCCCCUAGCUGCGACAGAGAAUACGUUUAGUCCUGGUCAAGUAAUCAUGAACCAAGCCAGAAUGGUCUUGUCUCCCCCGCCUGCCCCUAAAGUCGAAACCCACUUUCUACCUCAACAUAUCCCUGUGCCAACUCCACCCCCGCCUCAAAGGGGUCCAUUCGCUGACCCACUCGAAAUGAUGCCAAAGUCGUAUGAAGGACGUUAUUUUGGACAUGAUUCAGCAGAAAAUGUUCCGCAAGAUCUUUGUUUACUGGGUUGUGUAUUCGUCAUCAUCGAGUAUCAAGAAUCUGUACCUGAUAUAAAGAUCAUUGAUCAUUGGAAGAAGGUAAUCAAUAAAUUUGGUGGAAUCGUCGAAGAUGAAUACAAUACAUGUACCUGCACACAUCUGCUUUGUAUCAGUCAGUCUUCAUCUUUAUUCAAGGAUGCAUUACUUGAAGGCAAAAGAUGUGUGACAGUAUAUUGGUUGAAUGACGUUUUACAAAUUCGAAAAUUAAGUCCACCAUGGCUUUCUAUACAUGUUCCUACACCUUACCCAAUGAAUCAGAAGCCUGCAAUAAACCACAACAUGAGUUAUACUGGCUUUCAUCAAAAAGAAAGAGAAAGGUUGAGAAUGAUGGCUGGCGUCUCAGGAUGCAAAUUUUCUGGCUUUUUAAGCAGAUCUAACACUGUACUUGUAUGUAAAGGCACACUGAGUUUAAAGUAUGAUAAAGCGAGAGAAUGGCGAAUUCCAUGCGUUAAUGUUCACUGGUUGCGAGACGUUAUGCAAGGUGAUACAGAAGCAUUGAAAGACCCAGGCCAAGAAAAAUAUCAAAAUUUUGAUGAAAAUUCACUUGAUUUAUUUGGUCUUGAUGAAUCUAAGAUGCAAAAGAUUUUAGAUCCGUGGAAAGUUCCUGUUCGUGUUACAUUAGAUUGCAUGCAAAGGGCACGAGUGAAACGAAAAAAUAGUAUGAGUGAUUCUGUUACUCCAGCUUUGAAAAGAUCGAGAUUAGAAGGAUCGUAUCAACCAUUACCAAGAGUAUGUUUUACUGGUCUUCCCGCAAAGCAAGUUACAGAGUUGCAAAAAACUUUAGAAUCCAUGCAAGGACAAGUAUCAAAAACAAUCAGCCUGAGCACUCAUCUUGUUGCUAAAUCUGUGUCAAGAACAGUCAAAUUUUUAUGCGCAAUAUCAGUCUGUCAAUAUAUCGUUACUCCAGAAUGGAUCGAAGAAAGUUCAAAGAGUAAUUGGUUACUCGAUGAAGACAAAUAUCUACUCCAUGAUAAAGCAGCUGAAGAAAAAUUUGAAUUCUCACUCAAAGAAUCCAUCAGUAGAGCAAGAAAGAAUCCUUUAUUUAAGGGAUACGUGUUCUGCAUCACUGAUAAUGUUGCACCAGACCGGAAAAUUCUAACAGAGAUCAUAGAGUGUGCUGGAGGAAAAGUCGUCGAGAAAAUUCCAACUAUUCAAACUAUUAAGAGAGUAAAAGACAGAAAGCCGCCAAACAACCGUUUAUUGCUGGUAUCAUGUCCGGCGGACAAAAAUCAAGUAAUAAAAUGGAAGAGAGAAGGCAUUCAAGUACACAAUGCAGAAAUAAUACUCAGUGGAGUAUUAAAACAAGAAGUUAAUGAAUCACUGUACCAGUUGUAACAUGGUGCUGCUUC